UGGUUGGUAAAAAAGGAAGAGCUGAAUUCAGAGCCACUGUUACUGGCCCGACAUGGAAUCAAGCAUUGUGCUUUUCAUGUCGAAUGACACUGAAUACCCGGAUGAUUAUUACAGUACCAGAGAAACUCCUGUGGAUGGGGUCAAGGGAUAUUCGGUGUCAGCGAUAAUCUCCCUCCUGGUCUUUUUGGUGGUCUUCCUGUUGGGUGUGCCAGGCAAUGCUGUCGUGAUCUGGGUGACAGGGAUUGAGGCCCGAAAGAUGGUCAAUGCGGUCUGGUUCCUGAACUUGGCCCUGGCCGACCUGCUCUGUUGUCUGGUGCUCCCAUUCUUGGCCGUCCCCAUCAUCCUGCAUGAUCAUUGGCCCUUCACCGAAGCCGCAUGCCGCUUCCUGCCCUCCGUCAUCCUCUUUAACAUGUACGCCAGUGUCCUGCUGCUCAUGGUCAUCAGCAUUGAUCGCUGCCUACUGGUCAUGAAGCCCAUCUGGUGUCAGAACCACCGCACUGUGUGCAUGGUCGGCUCUGCCUGCUUCUUGGCCUGGAUGCUGGCCUUGGUUCUGACCAUCCCUUCCCUGUUGUACCGCCAACUAGUGAAGGAAGACUUCCCUCCCAGCUGGCAGUGUGGGGUGAGCUACGAAAUCAAAGCAGUCGAGUUAAGCGUGGCAAUCUCUCGCUUCCUGCUCAGCUUCCUGGUCCCUCUUGCCAUCAUCACCGUCUGCUACAUGCUCUUACUCAACCGUCUGUGGAGACGCCAGGCCACUCGCUCCUACAAGACCGUCAAGGUGGUUGUGGCUGUGGUGGUGGGCUUCUUCAUCUGCUGGACCCCCUAUCAGAUUGUGGGCAUCUUGAUAGCCGUGAGUGAAUGGGGCUCCGUCCUCUACUAUUGGGCAAACAAGAUGGACAGCUUAGCCCUCGCGUUGGCUUAUGUUAACAGCUGCGUCAACCCAAUCAUCUAUUUGGUUGCAGGCCAAGGCAUCAAGGGCCGUUUGGUGAGCUACUCUGUAUGCACCAACCUCCGGAAUGUUCUGAUGGAGGACUCUGUGGGGCGGGAGAGCAAGUCCUUCAGCCGAUCUACAAUGGCAUCGACAGUGGUCCCUGAGGAGCAGCUGUGAAGCUGACUUCUGGCCCCUCUCGGAGGGAGCGGUGACGCCGCAGUGUGAAGGGCCCUCCUCUCUCUGGAGGAACAGUCAAGCUUGGCCUGUGGAUAGCUGCUUCUCUUCUUCUCACUCCUGUACUAAACCACCUGCCUCUCCUAGGCUCCAGCUAGAUUACGAGCUUUCUGAAGGCAGAAACCGUUUUUGUCUUUCUUUGGAUCAUUGGUGUUUAUCACAACGCCUGGCUCUAUGGGAUUAAUAAAUGGACCUACUAUCUCUCCCCAGAGAAUCUUCUAUGGAUGCCUCGCCAGCCCCCCCAGUCCCUCUUGGAGGCCUUCUCUGAAUGCCCUCAUUCCCCAGGGGGACCCAAUUCUGAGCUUCUCUGCUGUCUUCUUUACCUCCUCCUCCAGGAAAUCCUCCUGGAUUGCAGCCCCCCCCCCCAACUCUUGAAUCUUCCCCACCUUGUUUCAAUAAAUCUUUUGGUCAGAAUUGAA